GGCGUAACUCUCAUACUCCUCUCCCAUUAUUCCUCGUUCCCGUCUUGACUGUCAGCCGGUGCCGGUGCCACGACGCCUCCUUGUUUCAUCAACUCUUCCAACGUUUUGAAUUAUUUUUCCGCAUGAAGAUAAAUAAUUAAUCAAUAAAAAAUGACAACGAAAGCAGCACCGCAGACCAAAACCGGAGGCUUUCGGAUGUCUACGGAUAAACAAGAGACUCUGCUCAAGCUCUCCAUCCUUUCUCUUGCCGCUAUCCUAUCCUUCGCCACCAGACUCUUUUCAGUCCUUCGAUUUGAAAGCGUCAUUCACGAGUUUGAUCCUUACUUCAACUUUCGCACUACCAAGUUUCUGGCCGAAGAAGGAUUUUACAAGUUCCAUAACUGGUUCGACGAUCGAGCAUGGUAUCCACUUGGCCGUAUCAUUGGAGGCACCAUCUACCCUGGGCUGAUGGUAACGUCUGCUGCCCUGUAUCACUUGAUGUGGAUGAUCAACAUCACCAUUGACAUCAGAAACGUGUGCGUCUUUCUGGCACCUUUCUUUUCGUCACUCACCACAAUUGUCACUUACCUGCUGACAAAAGAGCUCAAAGAUUCAGCGGCUGGAUUGGUGGCUGCUGCUAUGAUUGCCAUUGUGCCUGGCUACAUCUCGCGUUCUGUUGCUGGAUCCUAUGACAAUGAAGGCAUUGCCAUCUUCUGCAUGCUACUCACCUACUACAUGUGGAUCAAAGCUGUCAAGACUGGCAAGAUUUUCUGGUCUGCCUUGGCCGCGCUCGCCUACUUCUACAUGGUUUCAUCAUGGGGUGGUUAUGUGUUCCUCAUCAACCUGAUUCCUAUGCACGUGUUCACCCUGAUGGUGACUGGCCGGUUUGGCGCUCGAGUCUACGUCGCAUACUGCACCCUCUACUGUCUGGGCACGAUUUUGGCCAUGCAGAUUUCAUUUGUCGGAUUUCAGCCAGUGCAGAGCUCAGAACACAUGCUGGCUCUGGGAGUGUUUGGUUUGUGUCAGCUGCACUGCUUUGUUGACUACCUCAGGGGCCACUUGUCCGCCUCCGACUUCCAGGUGCUCUUCAAGGCCACCAUUGUUGCCACUGGCACCAUCCUUGCCGUUGUGACUGGAAUUUUGACUAUCACAGGAAAAGUGUCUCCAUGGACCGGUCGUUUCUACUCUCUCCUUGACCCUUCCUAUGCCAAGAAUCACAUUCCAAUCAUUGCUUCUGUAUCUGAACAUCAACCUACCUCAUGGAGCUCCUUUUACUUUGAUCUGCAGUUGCUUGUAUUCCUAUUCCCCGCAGGACUCUACUUCUGCUUCCGCCAGCUCACCGAUGCCAACAUUUUUCUUAUCCUCUAUGGCGUGACCUCCAUCUACUUUGCGGGAGUUAUGGUUCGUCUGAUGCUUGUUCUGGCGCCGGUUAUGUGCAUUCUGGGAGGAAUCGCGAUGUCUGGCAUGCUGAAUAGGUACAUGAAGGACGUGGACGCAAGCCCAGUCAUCCUGGGCAUGCCCGCAGGCAACCUGGCCCAAGGCAAGCAGGGCGACAAGCGCUCCAAGCACAAGCAGGAGUCUAAUUUUGUCAUGAAGAGCGAGGUUUGUGUUUAUAGUCAUCAAGUUGCCAUCAGAGAUAUCAUAUUUCAAUUCCAGAUCGCUACCCUGUUUGUGGCCAUCAUGUGUUUCUUCUUGAUUUCCUACACAAUGCACUGCACCUGGGUUACAUCAGAAGCUUACAGUUCCCCUUCUAUUGUGCUGUCUGCUCGCUCUCACGACAACUCACGGAUUAUCUUUGACGACUUCAGGGAGGCUUAUUACUGGCUGAGGAUGAACACCCCAGAGGAUGCCCGCGUGAUGUCUUGGUGGGAUUAUGGUUACCAAAUCACAGCAAUGGCAAAUCGAACGAUUUUGGUAGACAACAACACUUGGAACAACACGCACAUUUCGCGAGUGGGCCAAGCAAUGGCGUCAUCAGAGGACAAGGCCUACACCAUCAUGAGGGAACUGGACGUCAACUAUGUCCUCGUCAUCUUCGGUGGACUCACUGGUUAUUCUUCUGAUGACAUCAACAAAUUCCUCUGGAUGGUGCGAAUCGGAGGCAGCACAGACCGAGGCGCGCACAUCAAGGAAUGGGACUACUACACGCCUCAAGGAGAGUUCCGUGUUGACAAGGAGGGCUCACCAACCCUACUCAACUGCCUCAUGUACAAGAUGUGCUAUUACAGAUUUGGCCAGGUCUACACUGAAGGAGGUCGGCCCCCUGGUUAUGAUCGAGUGCGUGGUGCUGAAAUUGGAAACAAGGACUUCGAGUUGGACGUUCUUGAGGAGGCGUACACUUCUGAGCAUUGGCUGGUUAGGAUCUACAAAGUGAAGGAUUUACCAAACCGUGGUCUCUAAAUGAAUCUUCAACAAAAACAUUUUUACUGUAGAGAUCUGGAUUUGCAGUAUCUCAAAGUGUCUAUGAAUUUUUUCAGUGGGCGAAAAUGUUGUGGUUUUGCGUGUAUUUUUUACAAUUUCUACUUGAUUACAUAAGAUCUGUUGUUAAGUUUCUAAAAUCUGGAAACUAUUAUCUUUUUAGUGGGAUAAAAAUUCAAGCAACAAUAUUCUUCUGCCACCCGGGAAUCAAUCUCUAUGCAUGAAUGGUCAAUGUUGUAAAUUUUUAUAUAUUUUGUGCGCCAAGUUGUUUUGUGAGCACAAUUAACGAUUGCUGAGAAAUUGAAUAAUAAAGAUCAAUUAUAAA